AUGCGUGACGAGCAGCAGUCAGGGCGAGUCGCUCAGUACCUUCCUUCACCUUCACCCAUUUGCGACUCUGUGGGCGAGGAAGAAUUGGCAACUUUUCCUUUGAGAGGGAUCGGUGAUCUUAGUGAAAAUCAAAUUCAAGCAAUACCAAGGAAGGCAUUCCGGGGAGCAGUAGACAUAAAAAAUCUGCAGCUGGAUUACAACCAGAUCAGCUGUAUUGAAGACGGGGCAUUCCGGGCUCUGCGCGACCUGGAAGUGCUCACUCUCAACAAUAACAACAUCACUCGACUGUCUGUGGCAAGUUUCAACCAUAUGCCCAAACUCAGAACAUUUCGUCUUCACUCCAACAAUCUCUACUGUGAUUGCCACCUGGCCUGGCUCUCCGACUGGCUGCGGCAGCGGCCGCGAGUUGGCCUCUACACGCAGUGCAUGGGGCCGUCUCACCUCCGGGGACACAACGUUGCCGAGGUCCAAAAACGAGAGUUUGUCUGCAGCGAUGAGGAAGAAGGCCACCAAUCCUUCAUGGCUCCGUCCUGCAGUGUCUUGCAUUGCCCUGCUGCAUGCACCUGUAGUAACAACAUUGUGGACUGUCGUGGGAAAGGCCUUACUGAGAUCCCAACAAACCUUCCAGAAACCAUUACUGAAAUACGGUUAGAGCAAAAUUCAAUCAAGGUCAUACCUCCUGGAGCUUUCUCACCAUAUAAAAAGCUUCGAAGAAUUGACCUCAGCAAUAACCAGAUCUCUGAAGCAGCUCCAGAUGCUUUCCAGGGCUUACGUUCACUCAAUUCACUUGUCCUCUAUGGCAAUAAAAUUACAGAACUUCCAAAGGGCCUGUUUGAAGGACUCUUUUCUCUGCAGUUGCUAUUAUUGAAUGCCAACAAGAUCAAUUGUCUGCGAGUCGAUGCUUUUCAAGAUCUGCACAACUUGAAUCUUCUUUCUUUGUAUGACAACAAGCUUCAGACCAUUGCAAAAGGCACCUUCUCACCCCUACGCGCGAUUCAGACCUUGCAUUUGGCUCAGAACCCAUUUAUCUGUGACUGCCAUCUGAAGUGGCUGGCGGAUUAUCUUCAUACAAACCCCAUUGAGACCAGCGGUGCUCGUUGCACCAGCCCCCGCCGUCUGGCAAACAAAAGGAUCGGCCAGAUCAAAAGCAAGAAAUUCCGCUGCUCAGCUAAAGAACAGUAUUUCAUUCCAGGCACUGAAGAUUACAGGUCCAAACUAAGUGGAGACUGCUUUGCAGAUUUGGCUUGCCCUGAGAAAUGUCGCUGUGAAGGGACUACAGUGGACUGCUCCAAUCAGAAACUCAACAAAAUUCCUGAUCACAUACCCCAGUACACAGCGGAGUUGCGACUAAAUAACAACGAAUUUUCAGUCCUGGAAGCUACUGGAAUCUUUAAGAAACUUCCUCAGCUGCGUAAAAUAAACCUGAGCAAUAACAAGAUUACAGAUAUCGAAGAAGGAGCAUUUGAUGGAGCCUCUGGUGUGAAUGAGCUGUUGCUCACCAGCAACCGUUUGGAAAGUGUUCGACACAAAAUGUUCAAAGGACUAGAAAGUCUCAAAACAUUGAUGCUGAGGAGCAACCGCGUGAGCUGUGUGGGAAACGACAGCUUCACGGGCCUGAGCUCAGUCCGCCUGCUCUCGCUGUAUGACAACCAGAUCACCACCGUGGCGCCCGGCUCCUUCGAUACGCUGCAUUCGCUCUCUACGUUAAACCUCUUGGCCAAUCCCUUCAACUGCAACUGCCAUCUCGCGUGGCUUGGAGACUGGCUGAGGAAGAAACGCAUCGUGACCGGGAACCCUCGCUGCCAAAAACCCUACUUCCUCAAAGAGAUUCCCAUCCAGGACGUGGCAAUUCAGGAUUUUACUUGUGAUGAUGGGAAUGAUGACAAUAGCUGCUCUCCGCUGUCCCGCUGUCCUGCAGAAUGCACUUGUCUAGACACAGUAGUUCGCUGCAGCAACAAAGGCCUGAAAGCUUUGCCCAAAGGCAUCCCAAAAGAUGUAACUGAACUUUAUUUGGAUGGAAAUCAGUUUACCCUUGUUCCAAAGGAGCUUUCCAACUACAAGCAUUUAACACUCAUAGAUUUAAGUAACAACAGAAUCAGCACUCUUUCUAAUCAGAGCUUCAGCAACAUGACUCAGCUGCUCACCUUAAUUCUUAGUUACAACCGCCUGAGGUGUAUCCCUGCACGGACUUUUGAUGGGUUGAAAUCGCUUAGGUUGUUAUCUUUACACGGCAAUGAUAUUUCUGUUGUUCCUGAAGGAGCUUUUAAUGAUCUUUCAGCGUUAUCACACCUGGCUAUCGGAGCAAAUCCUCUUUAUUGUGAUUGUAACAUGCAGUGGCUAUCUGACUGGGUAAAAUCGGAAUACAAAGAACCUGGUAUUGCACGUUGUGCUGGUCCUGGAGAAAUGGCAGAUAAACUUCUUCUCACAACUCCUUCUAAAAAAUUUACUUGCCAAGGGCCUGUGGAUGUUAAUAUUCUUGCUAAGUGUAACCCCUGUUUAUCAAAUCCAUGUAAAAAUGAUGGAACCUGCAACAAUGAUCCAGUUGACUUCUAUAGAUGUACUUGCCCUUAUGGUUUCAAGGGUCAAGACUGUGAUAUUCCCAUUCAUGCUUGCAUCAGUAACCCAUGCCACCAUGGUGGAACUUGUCAUUUGAAAGAAGGAGAAAAAGAUGGUUUCUGGUGCACUUGUGCAGAUGGAUUUGAGGGUGAAAACUGUGAAGUAAAUGUUGAUGAUUGUGAAGACAAUGACUGUGAAAAUAAUUCUACUUGCGUGGAUGGAAUUAAUAACUAUACUUGCCUUUGUCCACCUGAAUACACAGCUGCUAAUCUGAAUGAAGUGGAAAAAGGUCAGUUGUCUUUUAAGCCUGUUUUCACUUACUUUGGUUUCUCACUUUCCUUUCCUUAA